GGUCACAGCCUGAAAAUCUCCCUUUCUCUCUCCCCUCCUAGUUUCUCCAUAGCUUUAACGUUCAGCAUUGUGGGCAGCUCCUCAUUGUAACAGGUUUCUUCUUUUCGGCGACGGUUAUUUGUUAUGCCUUGUAGAAACCCUGGAUAGCCUUUGAAUUACAAAAAAUAUAGUCUAAAGUAGGAUAUUCACAGCUACCGGAAUCGCGGAUAUCCCCUUCAUUACGAAAAACUGGUCAUAAUUAGGAUGUUUGCAGCUGGCGUGCGGAUUGUCAGGGAUAGUCAUGACCUCACUAACCCUCCCCUGUUCCCUCACUGACUCUCUCUCAAUAGCUCUGGCUUAUCGUCCUGUUUGCUGUGCAUUUUUGACGAUGGAAAUCUGAGUUCGGCUCUUUUUGGAACUACUGUGCGUGUGUGUGUGUGUGUGUGUGUGUGUGUGUGUGAAGGGAGACACCGGUGCAGCAAAAGGGAACACGCCGGGACUGAAAAGCCUCCGAACCCGUCUUCAGAGGGACCUUCACAUUUUUUUUUUAUCUAAGGAAACCUGUCUUUAUACCCUACAAGGGCUAAACUGCCAUAGAGCUUAGGACAUGGGGGGAAACAAGAGCAAACCUGGAGACCUGGGCCAGCGCUCCCGGAGUUUGGAUAGUACUGUUAACAUGAACAGUGGGGGUGGCAGCACUGGUGGGCAUCACCUCAACUUGUGCCAGCAGAGCUUCACACCCAACCGGACCCCUGUGGUGGAUGGCUCACGGCAUGGUGUCCAGAACAUCACCAACAAUGCUGAGCUGCCCUUGUUUGGAGGAGUGGAGUCCAUGAACAGCCUCACAUCACCUCUUCGUAGUACAUUAACAGCAGGAGGCGUGACUACAUUUGUGGCAUUGUAUGACUAUGAAUCACGCACUGCCUCUGAUCUGUCAUUCAGGAAAGGAGAACGGCUUCAGAUAGUCAACAACACGAGAAAGAUGAACUGCAGGGAAGGAGACUGGUGGCUAGCCUGCUCACUGACCACAGGACUACGCGGCUACAUCCCCAGCAACUACGUCGCUCCUUCUGACUCCAUCCAAGCUGAAGAAUGGUUUUUUGGUAAAAUUACCCGUAGAGAUUCUGAACGGUUGCUGUUGAGUCUUGAGAACAGAAGGGGAACUUUCCUGGUCCGAGAGAGUGAGACCACCAAAGGUGCCUACUGUCUCUCUGUCCUGGACUACGACAACGUUAAAGGGCUGAAUGUGAAGCAUUAUAAAAUCCGGAAGCUGGACAGCGGCGGCUUUUACAUUACCUCUCGCACGCAGUUUAAUAACCUUCAGCAUCUGGUCAGCCACUACCGCAAGCAUGCAGAUGGUUUGUGCCACUGCCUGACUGAUGUGUGUCCAGUUCUGAAGCCACCACAGACUCAGGGUUUGGCUCGGGAUGCCUGGGAAAUCCCUCGUGACUCUUUGCGUCUAGACGUGAAACUGGGACAGGGCUGUUUUGGAGAGGUCUGGAUGGGCACGUGGAAUGGGACAACGCGAGUGGCCAUUAAGACACUGAAGCCAGGCACCAUGUCUCCAGAAGCCUUCUUGCAGGAGGCUCAGGUUAUGAAGAAACUACGACAUGAGAAGCUGGUGCAGCUCUACGCUGUGGUAUCUGAAGAGCCCAUUUAUAUUGUAACUGAGUAUAUGAGCCAAGGUAGUCUGCUUGACUUCUUGAAAGGCGACAUGGGGAAGAUGUUGCGGUUACCUCAGCUUGUAGACAUGGCCUCACAGAUCGCCUCUGGCAUGGCGUAUGUGGAGAGAAUGAACUAUGUCCACCGGGACCUCAGGGCCGCCAACAUCCUGGUGGGAGAGAACCUGGUGUGUAAGGUGGCUGAUUUUGGCCUCGCUCGCCUCAUAGAGGACAACGAAUACACUGCAAGGCAGGGUGCCAAGUUUCCUAUAAAGUGGACUGCUCCAGAAGCCGCACUGUACGGUCGCUUCACUAUCAAAUCUGACGUCUGGUCAUUUGGGGUUUUACUCACUGAGCUGGCCACUAAAGGCCGGGUGCCAUAUCCAGGCAUGGUGAACCGCGAGGUGCUGGACCAGGUAGAGCGUGGCUACAGGAUGCCGUGCCCGGCAGAGUGCCCCGAAUCCCUGCAUGAGCUCAUGCUUACAUGUUGGAGGAAAGAACCUGAGGAACGGCCCACUUUUGAAUACCUGCAAGGCUUCCUGGAGGACUAUUUUACCUCCACAGAGCCACAGUACCAGCCGGGAGAAAACCUGUAAAGAAAAUCCAGUAUAGCGGUUUCAUCUGGGAGCAGGAGAGAGCAUGGAGACUUUCUGUACUGUGCUCCUUAAACAGAGCAUGAGUGUUAACGUGACCGUUUACAUGCACAUUGAUUUUCAAUCAAGUGCCAAGGCUAGGUACUCAAUACUUUAAUUUUAAAGUUGUGCUAUGUGACCAUUCACUUGCACAGUGAAAUGAGAGAACAGCUGCUUUCACCAGUUUACAUAAUUAAAGAAAAUUGACUGUACAUAAGUACUGAAUAUUUAAAAUCAAGUCUUUCAUUACGUAAACAAAAUAGCAUUUUUAAAUGUCACAGAAGCAGAAGAAUUCUGGAGGCUGGGCCAAUCAGCUUUGAAGAUAUACUAAUGAUAAAGAUAGCAUAAGUGUUAGGUUACAGUUCACUUGUGUAAUUAAAGGAAAAGGCAACCAUUUCUUUAUUUUAACUCCAAUAUGGUUGACACAUGUUCAUUAUUAUAUAUUACGUGUUUGCAGUUUUAAAUAGUUGACAAUGAUUUCAAGAAAAUGUCACUUAUUGAUUUAUUUCUAACAAGCGUAUAUUUGUUAUAUUUCAGAGUUGUGGUAACUGACUAAGCUCUGAGGCGGAAGGUGGCUUGAGAAGAAUGAGAGGCUGUGCUUUACCAUUGUCCAUAAAGAGAACAAACGCAGUGUUACAGCUCCUUGCACAGCUCAUACACUUUUCUGCCUCAGAAUGGUUACCACAAAACACAUCUUUGCCUCCUAUAAAAGACUGUAAAACAAAUACAACUAAUAGAGAUGUUGUUGUUACUUGCCCUAGCUGUUUUUGUAGGUCAGUGAAGAUCGAUCAUUAGCUUCUUUUUUCAACUCAUAUUUUAACCAUGCCUUUGUUAAACUCUAUUAGAGUAUACUCCAGAUCUGUCACUCUUCCUCUUGAUGACCCCUAUCUCACACUCCAACAACUCCACUGAGUCCUCCAUCCUGUUCACUCCAUUUAGGAUACCCUAUCACCCCAUCCUUUUAUUUCUCACGAGAUAUAAAACCAUCAGGCAACUGGAGAAGACCCUUUAAGACACUUGAUUGAAUUUUAUUUUAUAGUUCUCUCUUAGAUGAGGAGAUGUCUUAAACUGUCACUGUCUUCCAAUACACAUCUGACUGAACUCCUUUAAUGUUGCCUAGAAGAUGACGUCCUAUCUCCUGUUCCCUAUUUCCUAAACUGGGAUCAACUGGAAAAGGACAAAGACUGUCAAACAGCAAUCAUUUUUGAAUCACACGGACAAGAUCAUAUGGCAGAUGGACUACAGUCGUAUUCAAUGAAGCGAGCAAAUGAAGUGUUAGAGACCAAACUCUGAAAUAAAGCAGCUGCCUUUAGUACAGCCUUCUAAAUAAUUUUUUUAAACUAUUUGAUUUCUUUCUUUUAAUAUUAUGUUUUAAUUUUCUGAUAUUAUCCGAUGUUUUCUGAUAAGACUCAAAUCUACUGACAAAGUCUUUUACAACUGUGUAGUUUUCUGCUUAUCAGAGACAUUUUUGUACAAUUCUAUUAUAUAUAAAAAUGGUAUUUUUUAUUAAUAUUAUCAUUUGUUAUCAGAUUGUAAUUUGUAGUUUAGUUUAAAUUGUAAGUUAGGAAUAUCAAUCUCCUCAAAUCACCAAAUGAUGUGGCUUUGGGCACAUGUGAAGUGUUUAUUGUGUUGUAAGGCCCUUAUAUGUGCUUUUGCUUAUAUGUCUUAAAAAAAGCAGGAAUGACAUUAAUCUUAUCUUUUAUGCUGAAACCACAAUGUUUCGCUAAUUAUUAACGCUGCAUAUGCUUUACAAAGGGCAACAAUAUUAACGCUUACAUAUGCUUUUCACAGGCCGACAGUAGGAUAAAAUUUGACUUGAAAUGUAUGAAUAACUGACACGUCAUUCUACACAUCACUGGAUUUCUGAUUAUAUGCAGACAUAAGACAGAGUGUUCUCGCCUUCUUCCUUAAUUUGUCUCUGACCUGUUCUGUUUUGUGGUGAGGAAAGAAGGUUUGUAGGAAUCGUAGGGCAUAUUUAUGCAUAAGGAUGGUGAUUGGAACUGUGAAUAGUAAUAGUAGGAGAGUAGGUAGUCACUCGUGCACUGUUUCCUAUCAUGUGUGUUUGGUUGCUUUUCUCACUUUUGAGUGCUCUCGUGACACUGGACAGUUUGUAAAUACUUUCUGGUCAUGCUUAGUGUAAAUAUUCAUAUUGUUCAGAUUAUUGUUUUUAAUUGUCUCUUAUGUCUCGACUACUCUCAAAUCCCACACUAAGGAAUGGUUUUGUAGAAACUGUUUAAACUUCAGCAAAUUGCAUAAGAAAUCAGGAGUCUGUAAAACCAUUGCAUAUUUCCACCUAUAAUUUCUUCUUCACCAACUGUGAUUCGGUUAAUUUUUUGGGAACAGAUCCGGCACUGAGUUUUGAUCUGGGUUAAUGUGGUAAUAUAUACAGUUGGGUGAUGGUUAGUUAUUUGACUAGCUGAUAUUCAUCACAGCCUUUUCAAAUUUGUUCUUUUUAACCCACUAUUCCUACAUUUAUAGCAAAGAAGAGCAAAGUUAGCAUCUUUUCAAGAUGCUGUUGUCUUCUCAUGUGGCAGUGAUAUAAUCAGCCUAUGCAGUUUUUGCUCCUGUCUUUUUUACCUCUUUUUUCCACAGCAUUUUCUCUUGCUUACAGCAUAUUGUGCAGUUCUGUUAUGCCAUGACCUUUUCCUUAUAUAGACUUUGCAAUGAGAGAUGUAUACUUCAACUGUUGAUACAUUGAUAUCUUUUCUAAGUGCAAUAAACUACAUUUCUAAA